AUUUUAUCAAUCUUUUUCUUUAUCAACCAAAAUUUGCAAUUUAAAAAAAAAAUAAAAUAAAAUAGAAACGCGUAGAAUUUGGACGUGUCGCUAAUUGUGAAAAUGUGACAAAAUGAUACAAAUUUCAAUAUGAACCUAACAAAUUAUUGGCAACAGCAAGCUUUCGCAAUUGAUUCAAAGUUCAACGCCUACAGAGCUAAUGGAAACCCUCAUUUCAAAACACUAUACAUUCGAAGAAGAAACCAGUUACUGCGAGAAAACACAAGAAAAGAUGAUACUGGACUUCGUAAACAGUAUCUACGCAUUAGAACUCAAUUACUACAACAAAGAUAUAACGUAUUGCUCGACCAAGCCAGUAUUUCUAGUCGUAGUGUGAGUGUUAGAAGUGGAAGUCGAAUAAGCGACGAUAUCGAUAAUUUGGAAACAACUAGUGUUGUGCCUACCAGACAUGCUGAAGCUUCUAGAGCCAUCGUAGGAGAUAACACGAUUUCUGAAAACUACGCUUUCGUUGGAGUACAUUAUAUAUUCGAUCAACAUACCGGAGCUGUGACUCUGUUGAAGUUUGCAAAUAAUGAUAAGUCACGGCUGUGCUGCGUUUCGCAUGAUUCCACAAUCAGUAUUUGUAAUGUCACAUCUUCACCUCCUCAUGUUGAAGGAAUAUUAAGAGGCCAUACGAAGCCAGUUACUGGAUGCGACUGGUCAGCUUCUAAUGAUUUGAUGGUAAGCUGUUCUUUGGACGGAACUAUCUGUUUAUGGGAAGUUGCAUCGUUCAAAUGUAUUCGCAGAGUACAUGGUCCAGCAUCGUUCAGUUUAUUAUCGUGUCUCUUCCAUCCAGUCAAUAAUAAUAUUGUUGUUGCUGGAAACGAAAACGGUUUGAUAUGUGUUUUAAAUAUAUCGACCGGAAAGUAUCCUCGAGGAGGGAAUUGCAAAGUGGGUGGUCAAAUUCUAUCGUUAACUUUCGACGCUAAUGGACAACUCUUAUGGGCUGGAUCUGAUAAGGGCGUAAUUACAUCGUUAAUGUGUGAUGAUUUGGGCCGAUUGAGCAAACUGAAUCGUAUUGUUGUGGCUCAGAAUUGCGCCAUUACUUGUCUGAGUUGGCGAGCUUGGAUAAGUCGAGAAGCGAGAGAUCCAACGUUAUUGGUGAAUUGCGCAGCUAAUGCUGUCUGUUUGUUCAGGGUAUCGGAUAACAACGGUCGUUUACAACUAAAGAAAAAAUUCAACGUACGUCACAAAAGUGGACGGUGUCUCGUAAGAUCAACUUUCUGCCCAAUUAUGUCAUUCCGCGAAGGCGCUUGCAUAGUUAGCGGAAGCGAAGAUUCUUGCGUGUAUUUUUUAGAUAUCGCUCGUGAUACUAAUUUUAUGGUUAAUAAACUACAAGGACACGCAUCCCCAGUACUAGGCGUUAGUUUUAAUUACGACGAAUCUCUGUUGGCUACAAGUGAUCAGCAAGGUUUGGUUAUUUUGUGGUCGCGUGAAAAGAAUCCCUUGAAGGAACAUUUGCAGAAUCAGUGAAUCUACAUAUAUUUUCGUACAGUAUUUUUUUAAAACGUAUUUUUCAUGAGAAUUUAGUUUACCUACCGAAUUAAAUAUGUAUGUUGUAUUACCUACUUUUUGAAAGAAUAGUGAUAUUUUGAUUAUUUUUUUUUUCUUCAAAUAUAUUAUUUGUUACGAUUUUUUCAA